AUGGGAUCCAACCAUAAUGACUUGUUCGAGCUUCCGGCUAAUGAAGCCAUCAAUACUCGCCCUGCAGGAUACGACUUCAAGAAUCCUUACUUUCCCCCACCACCAGCAUAUUCCGCCAGUGGUUCAUCCACCCAAGAACAAUCCACAGGGAUGCAGAUAAACCGAAAGUCAGGUUUUGCCAAUCGUCUUCACGUUCUCAGCGCCAAGAUUGCUGGCCCCGUGAAUGACUUCGCAAACAAGCUCGGAUGUGAGGCAUUCAUGCCUACAACUCUAGAUAAAGAAUGCGACAAAGCAGCACGAAUCCUGACCUCAUUCUGCGAAGGAACGCCACUUCCGCCAAACGACCCAUUAUCAAAACGAAAGGCAAUAGUCAAAAUUCCUCGACAAGUCCUCAAGUCAGCUGCAGGUCUCGCCAUCUUCACCGCAUUUCGGUCUGGGGCGCAAUUUUCCUGGGGUAGCGGUUCAGGCGUUGUUGUAGCACGACAGCCCGAUGGGUCAUGGUCGCCACCAUCUUCCUUCGCCGUCAACACCCUCAGCGUUGGCUUCAUGGUUGCCAUGGACAUAUACGACUGCGUGUGUGUUCUGCGGACUCCGGAAGCCGUGGCUGCGUUCACCAAAUCAAGGGUCUCCUUCGGGGGCGAGGUCGCUGUGACCGCUGGGCCGGUUGGUACUGGCGUGUAUGUUGAUUCUGCCGUCAGCAGCGACGGCGCUGCCGAGCCUAUAUGGAGCUAUGUGAAGAGUAGGGGCCUUUAUGUGGGAGCACAGAUUGAUGGGACUGUCAUCACGACGAGAGAUAAGGCGAAUGAGGACUUUUACGGGGUGGAAGUUGAUGUGGCUUCUAUCCUGCGGGGCGAGGCUCCAGCUAGAGGGCCUAUGUGGUCGGAAGGAUACUGGAGGCUGAAUAAUGUGUUACGAGAAAUAGACUAUGGUAAUUGA